AUGUCUCAAAUCAAUGUUUCGGACAUAUUACCUUUAUUGUCCUUGAUCGCCAUUCUCAUGUGGUUUUCUAUUAGUUCUAUCAAGAAUUAUUUUAAUGGGGAUUUAACCACCCGUGACGCUAAUAUCUUAAAUUUCAUCAGGCAACGAUUUACCGAAGAAAACAUCUUAUAUGAUUCUAAGCUCACUGAAGGACUUGCUAAACUGAACGCCGAACUUAAUGCACGUGAUGCUAACUUCACUGCGGAGGCGCAGAGAAUCUUGUCGUUGAUUAAUUCUUUUACCACGAGACUUGAUGAAAUUGAACAAGUUCUUGAACGCUACAAUAAUCACUUCGGUAGAAUUUCAUCCGAAUUUGAUUCAAUUAAUGAAUCUAUCGAAUCUAUCACAACAUUCCAAAACCCAUUAAUCAACGUCAUGCAAUCAUCCAAAGAAUCGAACAAGAUCAGCAAAGUGAAACGAACCUAUCUGAAGAUUCUUCCAAUUCACACAAUUCCUCUAUUAAUUCUUAUUCUCCUAAUUCCUCUGCUAGUUCUUCAGGAUCAAAGCCAGCGAUCAUUUUCAGGAAUUACAUUAACUAUCUGGACUCGCUUUAAACAGAUCUUCGAUAGGGAAAUGGCUCAGAGAAGAUAUACUUUUGACGAAAUGUGUUAUUCCGUAGCCAUGCGCAUUCAACCAUUAGAUAUUCUUUGUGGUGCGUCUGCAGUUUACCUAACAAUAGAAAACGACACUUUACCUCCUCUCGAGAAUGUAAGAGAUAUAGUAGAUCGUGCAGUGAAUUCGUCCUUAUUAAAAAUAGAAGAAAAUGAACGAAAAACAAAAGUCUUGGAAGUAUUAUCUCAAGUUAGUGGAUAUAUUAGCGUUCGGGGUUUGAAAGCAUUCAAUGUGUUAAAUAUGGAAAGAGAACUUCCUCUGGAUUACACUCGUGAGAAGAUUGAAGAGAAUAUUAUUAAUUUAAAAUACAAGCUUGAGCAUCCUAGAUCGGAAGUUGAUAUAAAUCUUUACGGUUCGCUCAGGCAAGCUCUCGAAAAUAUAAAUUCUUCAGAACUUACAUGGCGGGACCCCGAAGCGAGUAUGGUUCUUAGCAAUGAUUCGGAUAUAGUAAAAAACUUGCAACCUAGACAGAAGAAUGUUUUCUUGGAACCGCGAGAAAAUAUGAAAUGUAUUAUUCCUGAAUCGAUCAAAGCAAAAUGUAAUGAAUUUGUGAGUGGCUUUAAUAAUUCGAAUACAUUACACGAUACGAGAAAUAUUUUUCACGACAAAAGUUGGAAAGAAAGUGAGAGUAAGUUGAUGGAAAUUACCGGGCAUAUUCUUAGUACACUUGGUGAGAUAUGGAGUAACCCUGCAUUCAUGAGUAGCGUAUCACGUAGUGAACAGAGUGAAGGAACAUACAUUUCGGACAUUAUAAUGCCUUUGCUUCGAUCAAGUUUGGGAGACCUUCUCAACGGUAGUAUCUGUUUAAGUCCAGAUGAUUUUCCGGAAGUUGAGUUAAGUGAAUCUACCAUAACUCCUAUCCCUUCUGCUCAUAUCUCUAAAUCUUCAGGUCUAGGCGAUUUGCCAAAAACUCAGGGGUUUAACUCAGAUUUCUCUGACAAUGAUGAGGUAAAUAAUUGGAGUGCAACGUACUCUGAUAACGAUGAUGAGGCAGGGUAUUAUUGGAAUCCGAGUACUGGAAAGAAAAUUUAUAAAGAAUCUAUGGAAUUGACAUGCUCUGCAUGA